UGCUGCUGCUCACAGCGACCAGUUAGCCGCACAGCUAGCCAUGAGCUAACGAGCAGCUAGCUGCCGCUUUUUUAUUUUACCACCACCAUUCCGCCUCCGCGUCGACUCUUCCGCCCAGGGGAAUACUUCGGCGUACCGGAAUUUUCAUUAAGUCCCUUUCAGCAGCUGGACAUUUCCGAAGGUCUUCACUUCUUCCGACCGCCCUCCUCCGUCUCCUGCUUCACGGCGUCAUGGCAGCUGCAAAACCAAAAGGCCAGAACUCUCUAGCUCUCCACAAAGUGAUCAUGGUGGGCAGUGGAGGAGUGGGGAAGUCUGCGCUGACGCUGCAGUUCAUGUACGACGAGUUUGUUGAAGAUUACGAGCCCACUAAAGCGGACAGCUACAGGAAGAAAGUGGUUCUGGAUGGAGAGGAGGUGCAGAUUGACAUCCUUGAUACGGCCGGCCAGGAGGACUACGCAGCCAUCCGGGAUAAUUACUUCCGCAGCGGCGAAGGUUUCCUCUGUGUGUUUUCCAUCACAGAGCUGGAGUCCUUUGCGGCGACCGUCGACUUCAGGGAGCAGAUUCUGCGGGUGAAAGAGGACGAGAGCGUGCCCUUCCUCCUGGUCGGUAACAAGUCGGACUUGGACGACCGGCGGCAGGUCAGCGCGGACGAGGCGAAGGCCCGCGCGGAGCAGUGGGGAGUGAGCUACGUGGAAACUUCUGCCAAAACCCGUGCCAACGUCGACAAGGUGUUUUUCGACCUAAUGAGAGAAAUCCGAGCGAGGAAAAUGGAGGACAGCAAAGAGAAGAACGGGAAGAAGAAAAGCAAAAGUUUGGCCAAAAGAAUCAGAGAGAGAUGCUGCAUUUUAUAGUGCAGACGCCGAAGUACACACACAUUUCUCAGACUUUUGCAUUUAUUUUGUGCCCAAACCUGACCGUGACGUCGUGUUAGUGGCCGUCAGGACAUCUGACCGCGGGUCGGGCGUAGUACGGUGGCACUCCAUACACCACUUAUAGCUCUAACUGUUUAUGUUCUGACACUCCAGAUAUUUCCUUAUUCGACAGAAGUGUAAUUAGACGGACGAUGUUUUAUUUAAAAUUAGGCCUAAGCUUGAUAAUAAGCCCUGAUGAGCUUUCGUUGUAUAGUUUUGUGUGUGGAACAUCUCUGCAGCGCGUUUUGACUGAAAAACAAUUUAAAGAGGACGCUGAUCCAUGCUAACUUCGUCUUUGCUUAAGAUAACAGCAACCAACGGUGGAAAUGAAAUUUAAUGCCAUUCCGUUUCCAAAUUCCUCCUUACUUUGCAAAUAUGUGGAAGUUUUUUAAUUUAAAUUUUUUAUUUUUGUCGGAAUGUGAUGUAGAAAAGAGCACUAACGCUUCCAUUUCCUUCCCUCUUCUCCACCUCCUCCUCUCCUCAAAUGCACAAACAACCUUCACCCUGUAGGGGAUUUGAAAACACUUGAACUUUUCAACACAUUUGCUUCAUUUCAAUUGUUUUGAGAAUAGAGGAAUCUCUGGUGCUCUGAUAAAAGGUGAUUCCGUAACACUAAACCUUUUACACGCUGCACUCGUUCAUAAAAAAAAAGCUUCUUUUGAACUCACUUUAAUCACCAACUAAUUAUUUUCUUCUUUUGUCAGUAUACUUAAAACAACGAGACUGAAGUGAAGUGGUACCUGUUCAAAAACGAUGCUGUCGGUUACCAAAGAAAACAGCUAGCUAGUUCAAACAAGUGCCCACUCGCUAAUGUAAGUGUCUGAAAACCUGCCAUAGAGAAGACGGAUUUAAAAGAAGAAGCACUACAAUGUCUGUGUGAAAACUAAAAAAAUCAACAGGGUGAAAGCAAAAAUAUCUCGCUGUGAGGACAUGCAAGGUUAUGACGGCUUUAGUAACCCUGUGCAUUGCAUCACUGUUGCCUCUCUGUCCAUUGUGAAUGUGAAUAACUUCAUUCGUGGAUUCUGCGUCUGUGCACGCGCCAAUCGCUCAAAUUAAACUAAAAUUCCACAUAAAAGCUGAACAAAUAGGAGGGGAUUUUCAGGCACGGAUGCAGAAAUCAUGAAUUUGACUUGUUUGUGUCGUAGAAGUCUGAUGUUCUUCCCUUUCAUUUAUUCCUUUUGCAACUGGUGCCAGACUCCUCCCCGGUGUUGACGUGACGUAAAACCACCACUUUGGACUGAAGAUUUCAGGCGAAUCUAAGUAAACUAAAUGAAUAACUGUUAUGUGAUUCAAGGCAAAACAAACAUCUACCCUUUUUAUUUUAGACCGCAAAUGUUUCCAGAUUUAUCUUAAAAUGUUUUUUUUUACGUUAUUGUGAGUCCAUAAGGCGCCCCCUACAGGUCUGCCUCCACGCUAUUGAAACUGAGAGUAAGUCUAUGCAAAAAAUGUUGCUUGAUUUGCAAAAGAAGAAACCGCCCAGCCAGCAAGUCCAAGAGGCCCCCAUAUGGUUUAAGAGUGGGUAGGAAAUGUGGGUAGGCUCGCUACGCUAGCCAGCCGCCCCAUGGACAGCAAAGCAUGUUAGCUCGCUACAGCAGAGGUCGUUAGCUUGCUACAGGGGAGCUUGCUAGCUCAACACAACAGAGCUCACUAGCAUGCUACAGUGGAGCUUGCUAGCUCGUAACAGAGGAGCUUGUUAGCUCUCUAGCACGCUACAGCGGAGUGUGUUAGCUUGCUACAGAUGAGCUUGGUAGCAUGGUACAGCGGAGCUUGCUAGAUCUCUACAGAGCUCGUUAGCUCACUAGCACGCUACAGCAGAGCUUGCUAGCUCUCGACAGAGGUGCUUGUUAGCUCACCACAGCGGAGCUUGCUAGCUUGCUACACAGGCACUCUAUAGCUUGCUACAGAUGAGCUUGCUAGCAUCCUACAGUGGAACUCGCUAGCUUACUACAACAGUGCUCGUUAGCCUACUACAGGCGAACCCGCUAGCUUGAUACAACGGAGCUCACUAGCAUGCUACAGCGGAGCUUGCUAGCUUGCUACAGAUGAGCUUGCUACAGAUGAGCUUGCUACAGAUGAGCUCGCUAGCAUGCUACAACUGAGCUUGCUAGCUUGAUACAACAGAACUUGCUAGCAUGCUACAGUGGAGCUCGCUUCAGCGUAGCGUGUUAGCUUGCUACAGAUGAACUUGGUAGCAAGGUACAACAGAGCUUGCUAGAUCUCUACAGAGCUUGUUAGCUCACUAGCACACUACAGCGGAGCUUGCUAGCUUGCUACACAGGCACUCUAUAGCUUGCUACAGAUAGGCUUGCUAGCAUGCUACAGUGGAACUCUCUGAGAGCUCGUUAGCAUACUACAAGUGAACCAGCUAACUUAAUACAACGCUCACUAGCAUGCUACAGAUGAGCUUGCUACAGAUGAGCUCUUUAGCAUGCUACAGCAGAGCUUGCUAGCUUGCUACUGAUGAGAUUGCUAGCAUGCUACAACGGAGCUUGCUAGCUUGAUACAACAGAACUUGUUAGCAUGCUACAGUGGAGCUCGCUACAGCGUAGCGAGCCUACCCACUGAAUUCCCACUUAAGUCAGUGUGGUCAAACACAGGUGGGGCCACCACAGAAACUGGACAAACCCAAUCGGCCCCAACAUUUUCUGCCCAUAUUGAAACCAUACGGGGCCCACUUGGCCUUGCUGGCUGGGCUGAAACUGAAACUGAAACUGAAGUCGGUCUUAAACUACCUUAAAAAGCUGGAGGGUUUUGGACGCCCUUCGGCUCCAAUGAGAGAGGAUGCGGCGUUACCCAGAAGUCAUAGCGCUUGACAAAUAUCUAACUUUUUACUGUUGCUGUGCUUUUGUUCGUCCAUCGUUUAGCUGAAAGGUGAAACUGAAGAAUGAUUGUGGAGUUUACUGAAGAGCACACAGUCGGAUGUGAACCUUAGGAAGCGUUCCAAGGGCUGAAGCGACCGGCACAGACAGAUUUUACUCUGAACUAAAGUAACUAGCAUCGCGCUUGCUAAUCGUACUAUCAGCUUAACACACUCAUCUACUUAUAAAUAAAAAAAACACAACUUUUUUUAUUUUAUUCAUAAUUUUAUUGACUUUAUGGCCCAAAAUGUUCAACGUGAUGCAAAAUAAAAUGUGUGAAAGCUAUGAGCAAACUGUCCCCCUGGGUAUUCCAAUACCUUCGGUUUGCCUUUUAUAUAAAUACCUGUAAAUGAAAAAUAAAUAUGUACGUCUUUUGGCUGGAUGGUUGUAUGUUUGCCAUCAGUUUCAUGUUUCCUUCAUGUUUACUUUUUUUGAGCGUAACCACUAAUGUAGCCUUUUUGUGAAUGCAAGAGGUGAAGCUUACAUUUCAAUUCAUUUUUUGUGAGUUAUUUGAAAGUGGCUAAUAAAAUGGAUAUUACUAAUA